AUGGCUGGCGAUUCAAACGAUGCUAUCCCGCGAGACGUCCUGGCCAGCGUCCUGCUCCGCUUCCCGGCGAGCGACCUUCGGCACUUUCCCCGCGUCUGCAAGGAGUGGUGCGAGGUCAUCUCCGACCCUGCCUUCAUCGAUGCGCACAUGAUCCACGGACCGCGGCCCCUGACGCACACCAUCGUGUUUUUUCUUGGACGCAAGGGAGGCGAAGCCGACGAGGCCAUAGAGCCGCGAAGCGGCGACGGGUACCUAUUCGACGAACACUGGCGACUCGUGGCCAGGUUCACGGCCGGCGAGUCAGAAAACAUGGUGGGCACGUGCAACGGCCUGCUCUGCUUCCUCGACUUUCACCAGGCGGACAUCAGGGUGGUAGAGCCCUUCACCGGCGAAUCGCUCGUCCUACCGCCGCCGGAGACGCAGAAGCGGUGCGAGCCUACCGCCUACUGUUUUGGCUUCGACCCCAGUUCGAGGAGAUACAAGAUCUUGCACCAGGGCCGCGACUUACAUAAGGGUGACGCUACGGUGAAAGAUCUAUAUGUGUACACGAUCGGAGGAGGCGAGAACUGGAGGAGAGCCCAUGCGGCCGCCGCCGUGCCCUACGACGGCCCCGUAUUCGCUGACGGAUCGGUGUGGUCCAUUGGCACGGAUCAGCAUCAGCUAGCGAAGGUCGUCCGCUUCGAUCUGGCGACGGAGGAGGAGAUCAUGUCGGAGCCCAUCACUACCAGAAUAACCUUAUAUGCCUACGGCCUUAACUAUGCCGACGGCUGCCGUAGGCAUAGAUGGAGCUAUGUCGACGGCCUGGCGAACACUGUCGGCAUAGCUUCAUCUAUGCCUGCGGCAGCCGUAGGCAUAGUAAGGCCGUCGGCAUACAUCGAUCUAUGCCUACGGUAG